UUCUCGACAUUUCUAAUUAUAAGAUCUCUGAUAUCUCACGCGUCUGACAGCUGUCUGCGUCAGUUGAUAACCAAAGCAAUGGCAGAGAUCGAAUGGCCCUGGCAAUACAGUUUCCCGCCGUUUUUUACGCUUCAACCUCACGUAGAUACUAGAGCUAAACAAAUAGCGGCCUGGAAGAGCCUGGUGCUUGAAUACUAUCGUAUCACAAAACAGGCGGUCGUAGAUGUGCGCGAGAUUCACACAAAUCCUCUAUUUAAUAAUACGAGCAUAAACAGAAAAUUACCAUCCGAAGCUGUACUAGUAAUAUUGGAAGAAUUAGGAAAAUCAGGAAAUGCGUCACCCCUAGAUAAGACCAAGCAGAGAUGGUUGGUUUAUUGGCAUACUUUAGAGGAAUGGGGUGAUAUAAUAUACAAUUGGGCACAGGAGAAUGGCUUCACUGGCUCUGUGUGUACAUUCUUCGAACUGACACAAGGGGAAGACACAAGUGAACAAGAAUUUCACGGUCUGGACACAGAAGUGCUAAUCAGGUCACUGAAGACAUUAGAAGCCGCAAGAAAGGCAGAGAUUAUCUCAUUCGAUGAUAAUCAAGGUGUUAAAUUUUUCUAACGCUUGGAAAGUUUUUGUUAUUCGUCGAAUUAUAGAUAUGUGUAAAUGAUAUUUAAUUAAUAAGAGAUGUAAAAAAACUAUAACAUUUCUCAUAAAUGCAAACAUUUAUUUAACACAAUAAUAUACUUUUCUUUUUUUCUUACAAAAAAAAAGGCAAACCAAAAUCGCUCAGAUGCUAAACUAACAUGAAGUACAAAUGUGGGAAGGCUUGAUGAUAUUGAAUAUGAAAUUAAUGUAGCCAGUUAUAUAGCUUUUAAGAUCAUUAUAUACGGUACAUAGAUUUAUUCGAAAUUAGAAAGCACAAAAAUUGCGAUGAAAAUAACUUCCUGUGCCAAAGUCAAGGUGUUAAAAUCAG